GACCUAGCGGUUAAUCUACCAUCAGAUAAGUAAGUAACAUUCGUUAAUCCAGAACUCCACUGGGAUCUAAUAAGAAGUGUCGUUAGUUCCAGGUUGUUGAUCAGCAGAUCAAAUUCUAAAAUCCCGUCACGUGUACCCCUUUUAAUCCAUCCUAUAAAACGAUUUGAAUCUACAAUAAUGAGUGGUUUGUCAUUAGGCGAUGACCACCCACUAACCGAAAAGAAUUCGUCUAAUAGUGAAUCACCUAAUAAUAAUUUGAAAUUGAAUAUUAUGAGUGAGUCUGAUCGGAAGUCUUUUGAGGAUGAACCCGAUAUUAAUAAUUUGAAUCUUGAUGAAGAGAUUGAUGAUCUUCUACUGAAUAAACGAAAACCAUUAGACGAAGAUAUUGAUCCUUUAAACAAAUCGAUAGCUGAAGAUAAGAAUUUUAAAUCAAAUACUGCUAGUAACACACAUUCACCAAAUCCAAUUAUUGAACAACAUGAACAUAAAUUAUCUGAUUCUCAACAAAAUUUGAGAAAAUCAUCGUCGUUAAUUCCAAUAACCAGUGAAGCAGCUUUGGGUAAUUUAAAAAAUGAUGAUAAUAAUGAAAAUUCAAAAAUUUCGGCUUAUGCCAGAUUAGAUUUUGAAAAUUUCACCUUUUUCGUUCAAACUUUACAAGUUGUUUUGGGUAGAAAAUCAAAUGAUGAAUUAUUACAAUCUUCUCAUCAUGCUGUUGAUGUUCAUUUGAGUUCUAAAAAAGCUAUUUCAAGACGUCAUGCUAAGAUUUUCUAUAAUUUUGGUACACAGAGAUUUGAAUUAUCUAUUUUAGGAAGAAAUGGUGCAUUUGUUGAUGAUUUAUUCGUUGAAAAAGGUAUUACUGUUCCUUUAAUUGAUGGUACCAAAAUUCAAGUUGGUGAUAUUCCUUUUCUGUUUGUUUUACCUUCAAUCGAACCAAAUGAAAACGAUGAAAGUAAAUUAUUAUCAAAACCAAUGAAUCCAACUGAUGCAAUUAACUUAAGAUCCAAUUUAUAUUCUGGCUCUUCUUCUCCUCCGAAAUCAAUAAGAAGAAAGUCUUCAAAAUUAUCAAGAAAACCUUCAAUAUCUUCGGAUAAUCUUCAUUCUCGCAAGAAUUCAAAAGUAAAACUACCGAGAAAAUUAUCUGAUGCUAGAAGAAAAUCAUUAGCAUCAGCAACAAAUGACGAAAUUAAUGAAAUUUUAAAUGCUUUAGGUGCUGAUUCUAUCGAUUCAAUAGCUGAAGAUAAUGAUGAGUUUAUAGAUGCUCAAAUUCAAGCAAUUCUAGAAGGUCAUGAAAAAAGUAAUUCCAAUAAAAAUGAAUUUAAUAACGCUUUGAAAUUGGCCCUGUUCAAUGAAUCGGCUAUAGAAGAUGAAGAAGAUGAAAUUGAUAAACUUGUUCAACAACAUAACCUUGAACAAGGUGUAACAUUAGAUGAAUCCAUUUUGAAUGAUGAAUCAAAAGACCGUCAAAAUGAUCACAAUAAUAAUAAUACUAAUACUAAUAACGAUAAUAACGAAAAUGAUGAUAUCAAUAUGGACUUAUCAAUAUUGAAUCAAGAAAUUGCAACUUUAGCACCAUUGAUUGAUGCUCAUAAUCAUGACCUAUUGAAAGAAAAGGAAGAUAAAAAGAAAAAAUUGGAACUCUCAAAAUUCAAAAAAUCCCAAAAUUCAAAAAAAUCUAAUAAAAAGCAAUCUGGUAAAGAUCAAACUUCACCUCCUUUAAAUUCAGUUUCUCCACCUUCAGUUAUUACCAGUAAUAAUAUGAAUCCCUUGAUGGGAAAACCUGCUCCUCCUAGAAUGGGAAAACCUGCUUCCAUACAACCCCCUGCAAAUAGAUUAUAUGGUAGACCUUUAACUGGUAAAUCUUCUUUUGGUGAAGAAUCAAUGUCUUCAAAUUCAUUACCUGUAAAUUAUCAGAAUAUUCCAAACCAAAUUACUCAACCUCCUUUAGUUACAAAUGUCCCCCCUCCAAUUGUUAGACCUCCUCCUCCAAGACCUUUACCUCCUAAAUUAGAGGUCCCAGUCAAUACUAUAACUACAGUUCAUGUUGUGUCUUCUUUAAUACCUGCCAAAGCAAUUACAGUUGACCCUUUUAAAUUCGAACUUGCUCCUAUCUGUGUACUCAAAUCUCUAGAUGAACCUAAUAGUACACCUAAGAUUCCGAAAAAAAAUAAAGAUAUGUCAAUACUCAAAUUGACUGCUAAAACUGCCCAUCCAACCGGUGAAGUACCUGAACAAUAUAAAACUAAACCAAAUGUUGCAUUUCCAACGAUGAUUACCAGUGUUUUGAGAGCAAAAGCAGGAGAUUAUGGAAUGACUUUACCUGCAAUAAUCGAAGGAAUUAGAGAAAUGUAUCCUUACUAUAAGUAUUGUCCAGAUGGUUGGCAAUCAGCUAUAAUUCAUAAUGUUGAAUUAAAUAAAAUAUAUAAAAAAGUUUCAAACUAUGGUCAAAAAUCAGAGUGGACUUGGACCAUGGACAAUGCUUAUAUAGAAGAAAGAGAACGAGUUAGAAGAAAACAACAAGAAAUGGCUGCUGCUAGAGCCAAAGCCGCAGCUAUUAAAGCUGAAGAACUUAAACAAAGACAAAAAAUUGAAGCUCAACAAACUGCAAUUUCUCAAAAUAUUACUGCAAGAAAUGUUCCGGCUUAUACUUACAAUCCAAAUGUUCGUUUACCACAAUCACAAUUCAUUUCACAACUUCAACAAAAGCAAGCUUCAUCUUUACCUGUCAACGGCCAAAAACCAAAAACAAUUGCAGAACUUGCAAGUGAAAUUAGAAGAGAUGGAGUGGGAUCGAAGGCUCCAUUAUAUUUUAAACCUCAAACUUCCACACAAGGAAAUAAACCUGGUGAAUUACCAAGACCUAUGUCUGGUUCCAACUCUCCUGCACCAACUAGUGCUUACUCAAAUUCUCCUGGAACCCAUUCUAAAUCACCAAUUGGCUCAGGGUCUCAAUCUCCAACUACUAUUAAAGCACAAUUAGCUGCAAACAGAUCUCAAUCACCAUCUCAACAAUCACAACCCCCGGUUAUGAAUUCAGAUACUAAGAAGUCAUUAGCUUACCUUCAAAAAGAAUUGUUUGUAUUAUAUAAGGCAAGAAAGUUGUCAUACAAUACUGCAACUACUACAGAGAUUAUCACCAAAGCACUAGCCACUACUAUUGCACAGGUAAAUGUCAUAGGAGCCAGAGCUGGCUGUGGUGAUAAUGCUUUGAGUUUUUUGGUUGAAAAAGCUCCUCAACAAGUGAGUAAAAUUUUGGAUAUUGCUUUGACAAAAUCAAUUAAAGAGAAGCAAGGUACAUUAUCAUCCAGGCAAUCCAGUAGAGAUGGUACGCCGGUACCACAAGGGAGUCCCCCGGCAUCUGCUCCAGCAUCUGCUCUAUCUCCAAAUGACCAUACUAAUCAAAACACGUCGAUUCCACAAUCCCAAGUCUAUUCGUCAUCUCCCAUAAAUAAACAAAAUGCACCCAUAGAACAAAGACCAGCCUCAACUGUUGCUGCAAACCAGUCACCUUCAAACCAUCCUCAGGUUUCUACUAGCCCAGGCAUCAAGUCAAAUUCCCCUAUUGUGGCACCAAGUGGCUUGUCUUCACAUCAAUCGGCUAGCCCCAAUGGAGCAGCUACAAAUAGUGCUCUGAAGCCCCAAUCACAAGAAUUCGGUGGUCAGUCCACACCAGCUGCUGUACAACCUCCGGAAUCGCAACCAGUCAAACCACUGGUGGCACCAGCCACUAAUUCCUCUCUCGCAGACGAUAGCAGUCUGGAGAAUCAAUCAUCUUACAACAAGACGUUAGCAAAUUCUCGUCCUUUGGUAAAGUCUCCAGUUCAACAGCCCCAGUCAACAACUGGAGCAUCUACCUCACCUACACCUUCGUCAUACUCAUCUGGAUUGACCAAACCCCGUUAUGGUUUAUCCAAGCCUCCUAGCUUUCAAAAGACCGGGUCUCCUGCUUUAUCUCGUCCUGCCUACUCUGGUCCAGGAUCAAGAGGUACUGGGUCCUUGCCUCGGCCACCCCAAUUCUUGUCUAACAAACCGCCGGCUGCACAACCCCAAAAUAGUGAGCCAUCCACCGGUGACAAAAGACCAUUGGAUCAAAAUGGCGAUAAAGUUAACGAGAACAGCCCUAGUAAGGUGAUCAAGAUUGAGUAA